AUGGCCGAUCUCCACUUCCGCAUCGCAACACCAGCCGAUGCCCCAUCCAUCCAGCAACUGGUACAGUCCGCGUUCCGCGCGGAAGACAGCCGAAAAGACUGGACUGCAGACAUGGCACUGGGCAGAAGUUUUACUAUCUCAGUCGAAGAUGUGAAGACAACUAUCUCCAAACCAGAAUGCGCCAUUCUUCUAGCCUUCACCAAAGAUCAUGAUCUCGAUGUCCUCGUGGCUUCAAUCGACAUGACCAAGCGCGCCAAUGACCAUGCACGCCUUUCGAUGGUUGCUGUGCAUCAGGAUUACCAGCAGGCGGGUAUUGGGCGGCGGGUCCUUGCUUACGCGGAAGAAUACUCGCAACAGGAGUGGGGCGCCACUACAUCGGAGUUGAAUGCGCUUUCGACGCGACAGGAGCUUAUCGCUUGGUAUUUGCGUCGUGGGUAUCAGAAGACGGGGGAGGAAUCGCCUUUUCCCACGGAGAAGUUUCCUCAAUUAGCAUUGCCGGAGGACAUGUGUUUCGUAGAGAUGACCAAGCACUUGGCUUGA